AUGCAGAUCUUCUUCUCGCUGACCCCCGUGGUCGUGUACGUGCUGGCCGGCUACCUUCUCUUCGGCGGGAUCGGCCAGGCCGCGAUAACCGCCGGCACCCUCGUCGCCUUUACCACCCUGCAAACUCGGCUGUACUUCCCCAUCAGCACCCUGCUGCGUACCUCGGUGGAGCUGCAAUCGUCCCUGGCGCUGUUCGAGCGCAUCUUCGGCUACCUGGACAUCCGACCCGAUAUCCUCGACGCGCCGGACGCGGUGGACCUGCCGGCUGAGAUGGUCACUGGUGCGGUGGCCUUGCGGGGCGUGCGCAUGAACUAUCACCCGGCAACGCUGCUGGCGGAUGCCUACGACCUCGAGGACGACGGGCAGGAAUUCUGGGCCCUGGAUGGCGUGGACCUGGACGUCAAGCCCGGCCAGUUGGCGGCCCUGGUGGGACCCAGCGGCGCCGGCAAGACCACCAUUUCGUACCUGAUACCGCGUCUAUACGACUCCACCUCCGGCACGGUCAGCAUCGAUGGGGUGGACGUGCGCCGCAUCAGGUUGGAGAGCCUGGCCCGCAUCGUUGGGUACGUCUCCCAGGAGAGCUACCUGUUCCACGCGUCCAUCCGCGAAAACCUCCUCUACGGAAACCCCGACGCCACCGAACAGCAGUUGCACGAGGCCGCCAGAGCAGCCUACAUCCACGACCGCAUAGUGGAGUUCCCCGAGGGGUACGACACCGUCGUCGGCGAACGCGGCUACCGGCUAUCCGGCGGCGAGAGGCAGCGGCUGUCCAUUGCCCGCGUAAUUCUGCACGACCCGCGCUUGCUCAUCCUGGACGAGGCAACCUCGUCUCUGGACACCACCAGCGAGCGGUACGUGCAAGCCGCGCUGGCGCCGCUCAUGCAGGGGCGCACCACCAUCGCCAUCGCGCAUCGCCUCUCCACCAUCAUUUCGGCCGACGUCAUCUUCGUCGUCGACCGCGGCCGCGUCGUGGAGCGGGGCACACAUGCGGAAUUGCUCGCCCGGGGUGGGUUGUACGCCCAGCUGUACGAAGAGCAGUACGAGGGCGGAAGGGUCGAAUACGUCAGCGAGGACGGAGUGACCGUCCUGACCGGCGGCAACCUGCGCCUGCCCGUGCCGGCGUGA